GGAAUAAACAAAAGAAAAUAGCAACAUCAUACCGACAAAAAUGUUGUACAUACCACAUAACAGUACCAAUAGCCCGCAAUGUCAUACGCUAUCAUUCAGCGUCAGACCGUCGACGACGAGCGUGAAAAGAGGUGCGAAAACAAACGCGAAAGCAAAAGCAAAAGCAAAGGAGGCAUUGACAAACGAACAAACGGAAAAUGUCCCACGUGGGCGCCACAAACCUGUACGAUGAGCCCGAAAUCAUGGAGGAGUUCAUCAGCUGCUAUCAGCACUUCACCGCCCUGUGGGACAGCAGCACUCCCGACUACCUAUCGAAGCAGAAAAAGGAGCCCGGCUACCAGGAGCUACUGAAGAUCCUGCGACGCGUCAACGGCGGCUGCACCGUGCAGGAUGUGAAGCGUAAGAUAAACUCGCUGCGCUGCUGCUAUCGUCGCGAAAUCAAGAAGGUGCAGGCCUCCGAAAGUGGCUAUCAGCCGCGUCUCUGGUGGUUCCAUCUGAUGGCCUUCCUCAAGCCGGUGCUCAACAUCCAGUCGCCGGUCAGGGUGAAAUCGGAGAGCCUGGACGACAGUCUCGAUGAGGCCAGCAUCCAGGACGUCGAUAUGAUUUCGGAGACGUUUCAGAACGAAGAGGAUGUGCUGCGUCUGGAUACUGGAGAGGUCGAUGGCGAUGUGGAGCCGGAAGCGGAGCCAGAUCACGAACCGGAUACGGAAAACCUGGGCCCCGUAGUGGAGCACCAUGUGGAUGAUUAUCGGGGGGACAUUUCAUUGGCGGGCAGCAUCAAAAACAACGCCUAUCAGACGGGCUCUUCGCACCUGCGACUUAACGCCGAAUCGCUGGCUUUGGAUAAAUCCGGAAGACGUAUCCGUAUCCGGCGAAGACGCAGCAGCAAUGACAGCGUAUACGGCGAAACGGCGAGAAAGCGCAGAAACGAGGAGACUCCAAAUAGAGAUAGAGAUAGGGAUAGGGAAAGAGAUAGAGAUAGGGAGAUGGGGGAUAGAGAGAGGACGAGGGAGCGAGACAGAGAGCUCGAUAGCGAGAGCGAGCACGAGUGCGAGCUUAUCGGAAAACGAAUGGCCACCCACUUCCGGCAUAUGCGACCGGAUCAACGGCUCUACGCCGAACGGAUCAUCAGCGAGGUGCUGGUCUACGGCCGUAUGAAUCGCCUUUCGUUCGAGGCGCAAUUUAUACUGGGUCAAAAAUAGGUAAUACUAUGCGUAAUAUCUUCGGAGGAACAUUGAAUGGGCCCACAUUACACUGUACAUACACAGUUCUAUUCGAUGCGAUUCGCAUGUUCACAUCCUAAUUUACAUUGCUUACAUACAUAGGUUGCAUUAUUGAAAGCCUAAACCCUUUUUUUUUCAAUUAAGCACUUGCAGAUGUUGUAAUUAUUACCAAAUAAACCUAUUAUGAACAAUA